AUGAGUGCCCGAAUGAAAUUCUUUGUCUGCAUGGUUGCCCUGUUCCCUCACAAAACAGUAGUAGCAGCUACAAACCCACCUGUCAAUGCCAACAUGAAAUUCUUCGAGCUUGCCUCUUCCUACGACUACUCCUUUCCCGCGGUCUCGCUUGCCUAUUUUCUUCGCUACCCAAAUCCUUACUCCAAACAUGUUUUGACGUCAGAUGUUAUUGAUCGCUACGUCGAUCCGGACACCCAGCGACUGCACACGACACGAUUGCAUCUCAAGAAAUCCAAGAUUCCAUCUACACUGCUGAAACUGCUACCCAAAGGCAUUGGUGGUAGCGAUAACUCGGGUCAAUCUUAUAUCCUUGAAACAACUGUGGUUGACGCUAAAGAAGGAUGGAUGAAGACAGAGUCGAGAAACAUGGAGUGGACCGGAAUUCUGAGUGUUGUCGAAAAACAGCAUUACGAGCGUGAUAUGCCUCCUGAAGGUGAGAAGGUGAAUGUCCGAACAACCGUAACCUUCGUCUCCCGAUUGGGUCAAUCGAAACUGCUCAAUCGUUCCCGGAAAGCAGCCGGAGAGUCUUCGGAACUUGAUGAAGAGGCACCUAAAAGAGGCCUGUUUUCAUCACUGUCUACUGCCGGUAUUCAGCGGACGAUUGAGCUCAUUGGUGUGACACGUACUAGAGAUGCAAUCCUUCGGAGUAAGGAAGGCAUGAAUGUUGUACUUGAACGACUUCGGCAUGGUGGCAUAGUCGCCGUUCUAGAAGGAAUGCGCCGUGAUCGUGAAGGCCUCCCCUCUACCAUUGCAGCUGGAGGCCCCAUGCGUUCGGAGAGUACCACAAUGUGGCGUCAAGCCUGGCUUGGAUCCAGCAAGACUAAUGGAUCGACAUAUGUGGAGGAUGAUGACUAA